AUGUCGUUGACAUUCAACCCCGGCAACCUCAUAGCUCGCAACAUUGACCCCACGCAAGUGCACCCCGAUAUCCUAAGAAUUGUGACUGAGAUCUUGGACCUUCGCCUCAACACAUUCGAGUCCACUAUUGCCGUUUCCGCCAGAGACUACUUUGCUUUCGGCGAAGAGGGUCGGCUCUUCAUGGCAUUGCAGAUGGGACGUAUAGUGGGCCAACCUGUCAUGUGGGUCAAGGACGGCAUGCAUUCCAGCGUCGAUAGAUGGGUUCUUGGUCCAUGCGAGAGAUUCAUUGCCGGGCCGCACAUGAUUGUCUCAGUCAACGGUAUUGCUGUCGUCGUUCCUCGACCGCCGCCCCAGCUUCUCGAGGAGGCACCUGGUACAACGGCCCAGUUCGUCAACGCUCCUGAACGAAGAGUCAAGAUCACUCGGCCGCCCAACGCCUUUAUUCUCUAUCGUAGCGAUUACCAAGCCCAAAUCAAGCAGAUGAACCCUCAACUCCAGAACAAUGAUAUAUCUGGAAUCCUAGGCAAGGCUUGGAAUAACGAGUCUCAUGAGGUCCGGGAGAGAUACAAGGCUCUCGCCAAAGCCUACAAGGAGCGUCAUAACAAGAUGCACCCCGACUAUCGGUACACUCCACGCAAGCCAUCCGAGAAGCGUCGUCGCAACCGGAGAAGCACACCAGCCUAA